UGCGGGAGUUCUAGGAACGGAAAGAGGCAAACGGGACAAUACAACCGAAAGCGCGCACACAUACACGCACGGCUAUCAUUCCAUGCACUAUACACUCAUUUCCCCUUACUCAACGUCUAUCAAAAUACAUUUUGCGUACGCUCUCCCCUUCACAUCCACUUGUUUAUGGCCACUACGCUACUUACGAUGAGCGCUGGGCUCGCGCCGGGACAAGACGAGUUUUUCUCUUUUCUUAAACCCUUAUUAUCCGACGGCGUUCAAGAGGACUCCUCUCUGUUUACAUUUGAAGCCAAGAAUCCCAAUACGGAAAGGGUAUUGUCAAACGACUACUCUCAGCCAUCUCAUGAUGUAGUUCAUUUCACCUACUUCAAAAUUCCUGUCUAUCCAUGCUAAAUUAGAGAUGGAUAAAUAUUUAUCCCCACAACACGUGACACUCCCAGAGCCAAAAAAGUCACGGCGAGACAGUGCCUCUGUAGUGGACCAGUUUUUUGGGGAUGACCAGGGUUACCCCUACAGCAUUAACAUGAAUGUCUACCUGCCUGACAUUGCUUAUCUAAGAACAGGGCUGUGUCGGCCUGCACGGCCUUCAGUCCCUAGCCAGGUCAAAACUGAACCUGUGGCAGCACCUUUCUCUCAUCCACAGUGCCCUGUGAGCACAACUGGUUCUGCUCAGCCCAAGUUACCAGAUUUCACCAGCAUCUUUAAUACAAAUUCCACUCCAUGCUCUGAAAUCAACACUGUGGAUGACAAUAACGGGCUUUUCAUCAAGCAGGAGAUGCAAGGCUUUGACAUCCCACAGGAUGGGCCUCUUUUCCAGCUCCUCAGCUCAGAGCUUGAUGUUCACCAUCAGGCUGUCACAGACUCUCACUCCCACCCUCACGCUCACUCCAUGCCCUCACAGAUGACUACUUUCCACGACCUUCAAUUAGAGUCUCAACAGACUGCUGCUAAAGCAUACUGUGGCAUGCCCACUGCCGGGUACCCUCUUGGUCACUUCGUCCACCCCCAGGGUCAGCCCCACUCCCAGGUCAAAAUGCCCUACCUUCCCCCGUCACCUCCCAGUUCGGAACCAGGCAGUCCAGAUAGACAGAAGGAACUGCUUCACAAUCUGACACCACCACCAUCUUACGCCGCCAGUAUUGCCUCCAAAAUGGCUAUUCAUGCACCCAGUCACCCAACCCCCACCUUAACGCGAGCUCCCGCAACUACUGGGUCCAUGCCUGUCCGCUACAACCGAAGGACAAAUCCGGACCUCGAGAAGAGACGGAUACACCACUGUGGUUUUCCAGGUUGUAAGAAAGUUUACACGAAGUCGUCCCACCUGAAAGCUCACUUAAGGACACACACUGGUGAGAAGCCGUACAGGUGCACGUGGGAGGGCUGUGACUGGCGGUUUGCUCGUUCCGAUGAACUGACACGGCACUUCAGGAAGCACACGGGAGCCAAACCCUUCCAGUGUGCCGUGUGUAGCCGAAGCUUCUCUCGCUCCGAUCAUCUCGCACUGCAUAUGAAAAGGCACCUGAAUUAGACACGAAAACACACACACACACACAUACUUAUUAUUAUGCACUUGAAAUGUUAAUAGAACAACAUAUUUCUUUCCCUAUGCCAUGACGUCCCUUUUAAUGUUUAGGGUAAAAACUUCUCUCUUUGACUCGUCGAUACUGUUUAAACAAACUAUCGACUAUAUACUGACAGAACUUCUGCUAUUACCUUGAAAUUCAAUUUCUUGUUAUUCAGUAUCUACAGAUAUCAUCAUAAUCUCCACUUUCCAACUUACAAAUGGUCUUUUGGAUGUAUAUUUACAUUUCUCUAAGACACUCCUUUCAUUUGGCUGUUCUCUUGAAUGUAAAUAAGUUGUCUGGCCUUGAUGCAUCACUCUCAGCCUCUGAUUUAAAAAAAAGACUUCCAUGGAAGAUGAAAAUGCACAGUUACAUUUGUUAUUUUAAACAUAUUUCAUGAAACUGUAAAAUAUACAAGAUUUGUUCAAUCUUGUCCAUCUGCAAAGCACUAAGCCACUGCUCCCUUUUUUACUUUGCACUUGAAUUAGACUGGAAAAAGAUAAAUAUAUAUGAAUAAUAAAAACCUUUACAUUUACAUUUGGCAGACGCUUUUAUCCAAAGCGACUUACAGUGCAAUUAUUACAGGGACAAUCCCCCCAGAACAACCUGGAGUUAAAUGCCUUGCUCAAGGACACAAUGGUGGUGGCUGUGGGGUUCGAACCUGCGACCUUCUGAUUAACAGCCCUGUGCUUUAGCCACUACGCCACCACCACUCCAUUUUAUUAUAUAUCACUGGAAUAGUUACGGCUUAUACAGGACCUUCAAGUACACAACUUAUACUGCGAUUUCCUCUUCAGGCAGUUUUAGUUGCUUGAAGUAUUUAUAGCUUUGGAUGAUUAUGUGUUGCUACUGAACAGCAAUUCUUUCAUUAAUUAUUAAACGAUGGUAUAGAAAAAGCAAUGAGAAUUGGAAAAGGGCUUUAGACAGCUGUGUGAUUUAGACAGUCUUUGUACACACAGAAGCAUGCCAACCAUUUGUUUUUCUUAUUGUCAUUGAUGCAUAAGCUCAUAUGAAUGUACAAGACCACAGUGACUGUUCUUUUGAAGUUAUGCCUUUGGAACACAUUUCAACUAAAAGUGCCUUUGGGAUGUUUGUUUUUAUCAGCAGUACAUGCUAAAAUUACACUGUUUUUGUUCAUACAGAGACGGGUUGUAAAAAAUUCAGCAGGUUACCAUAAUUUCACUAAGAGAGCAAUUCGGCUGCCUUUCAUAAGUUUAAGAGAAGGUUAAAGUAGCAACCAUUUUUUCUAGUAAAAUCGAUGUAUUUAUUGCAUUGGCUUUGUGAAAUAGAAUUUGACAAGUUUUGUGUAGUUGAAAUCACUUAAUGUAAAUACAUUUAAUUGUAAAUAUAAUUUAGAAUUAUUUUGUUGCUUUUUUUUUUUUUUUGGAAAACCAAAAGAAGGGUAUCAUAUUGCUCUAGAUCCUGGCAG